GGCUGCCAUCUCCCGAGACCGGACCCAUUCGAUCCCAGUAUAUUAGAGUUCUUCAUCAAACCGGAACCGUUGAGGUGCAAUGGAACGCAACCCGAGUUAACCUACUUGUCCAAUGAUGAGUGGCUUCACGUCAACCGUACGGCCAUAAUCGCCACGGGACUAUCUCUAGCAUGUUUUUAUAGAUGUUAUGAUCGCGUCGAAGGAGAUGACCUUGAGCUACAGUAUGCCGAAUGGAUUCAGAUAAACAAUCAAACCCGCCCUGGAUGUGAAUUCAUAGAGACAUACUGUAAGAAGACAACGUUUCCUGGAAAAGUCGUCUACCACAAUAACCACAACCAAAGAAAUGUCAUCGUGAUAGUAUUCGAUUCUAUAUCACACUCAAACUUUAUCCGGAAUAUGCCGAAAAGUCUCGAGGUACUGACAUCGUUGUACGGAUCACAUAUAUUCGAUGGGAUGAGUAAAAUUGGCGAUCAAUCGUUCCCCAAUGCUGUUGCAUUUCUUGCAGGACGUGACUACGCUACGGAAUUCGGAGACACCAAAGGCUUCUUUGACAAUCACCCACUUCUACUCGACACCUACUACGCAGAGGACUACCCCAAUUUCAACCUAUUUUACUAUCUAGCCAAAGGAUUUCGUCGAAAACCGGUACACCACUACUUCAGACCAUUUUGGCUGAAUGUCUACGGAAGUUAUCUGCAUCGUAGAAGUAAAUUCCUCUGCUAUGGAAAUCAUGCAAUGCACAACAUACAACUACAUUAUUUGUCGCAGUUUUUGCGCAAGUACAAAGAUUCACCAAACUUUGCCUUGAAUUGGCUAACAGAGCUUGGCCACGACUAUAUGAACCAAAUUAAUGUUGCUGAUGAAGACUUUGCCAAAUUUCUUACAGAUCACUUCGGGAUUCUCAAGGACAGUUUCCUAUUCGUGCUCGGAGAUCACGGUCAUCGUUUUGAUUCGAUUCGUCGUACUACCAUAGGCCGAAUCGAAGAGCGUUUCCCCUUCUUCUCAAUGCACAUACCAGAGGAAAUUCAAAACAAAUUCCCACAAAUGAAUAGGACGGUGCAUGAAAAUACUCAGGUAAUUUAUUUGUUAGAGAAACGCUGUAAAGGGUGUUCCCAAAAAGAAUUAUUUCAGGAUCGAAACUGCAGAGAAGCGGGUGUCCCAGAUGAAUUUUGUAUGUGCCACGAUGAACUCGCCUUGGAUACGAAUGAACUGAGAGUAAGUCUGCUUUUAUUGGUUUCCGAAUUAAUCUUGCAUGCUACAGUAAUCGACCAAUACGACAAAUCAAGCUCAUCAGAAGCUCGAUAUCGUCUAACCAUCGAGGCGAAGCCGUCAGGUGCUCUGUUCGAGGCACUACUUAAAUCUGACCCCGCCCUUAACACCUCUACUGUAUACGGUACUGUAAAUCGGGUAAACGCAUAUGGUGAUCAGUCCUCAUGUGUAUAUGAACAAGAACUACGUAAGUUCUGUUAUUGUAUUUAG